CCGAAUAUUAGAAUAUCCCCCGCCACGUUAUAUCUCUCUCUCAACUCACUCACUCACUAUCUCUUUCUCUCUCGACAACCAUCACUCAUCUCUCUUCAUCUUCGCCAAUCGGAACAAACGCAAGUAAUGGCGACUUUCAAGGUUAAUCGUGUUGAAUCAUCCCCUAUCGAAGGCCAAAAGCCUGGCACUUCUGGACUCAGGAAGAAGGUAAAAGUAUUCACACAACCACAUUACUUGCACAAUUUUGUUCAAUCAACAUUCAACGCCCUUUCUGCAGAGAAAGUUAAAGGUUCUACACUUGUUGUUUCGGGUGAUGGACGGUACUUCUCAAAGGAUGCAAUCCAGAUAAUAAUUAAAAUGGCAGCUGCAAAUGGAGUAAGACGCGUAUGGGUUGGUCUAAAUGGGCUUAUGGCAACACCUGCUGUAUCAGCAAUUGUACGAGAAAGAGUUGGCGCUGAUGGAUCCAAGGCGAAUGGGGCAUUUAUAUUGACAGCCAGUCACAACCCAGGUGGUCCCAAUGAGGACUUCGGAAUUAAAUACAAUAUGGGAAAUGGGGGGCCGGCACCUGAAGGAAUUACUGAUAAAAUCUUUGAGAACACUAAAACAAUAAAGGAGUAUUUUAUUGCAGAAGGCCUACCUGAUGUGGAUAUCUCGGCAAUUGGCAUUUCAAACUUUUCGGGUCCUGACGGUCAAUUUGACAUUGAUGUGUUUGACUCCGCAAGUGACUAUGUGAAAUUGUUGAAGUCAAUUUUUGACUUCCAGUUCAUCCAAAAGUUGGUUACAUCUCCGCAAUUUAGUUUUUGUUAUGAUGCCCUUAGCGGAGUUGCUGGAGCUUAUGCUAAACGUAUAUUUGUUGAAGAGCUUGGUGCAAAAGAGAGCUCAUUGUUGAACUGUGUUCCCAAGGAAGAUUUCGGUGGUGGACAUCCUGAUCCCAAUCUAACCUACGCGAAAGAGUUGGUAGCACGAAUGGGAUUGGGUAAGAACCCUGACAGCAACCCGCCAGAAUUUGGUGCUGCUGCAGAUGGUGAUGCUGAUAGGAACAUGAUUCUUGGUAAAAGGUUUUUUGUUACCCCUUCGGAUUCUGUUGCUAUCAUUGCUGCCAAUGCAGUCCAAGCCAUACCCUACUUUUCUUCUGGUUUAAAGGGUGUUGCCAGGAGCAUGCCAACAUCUGCUGCUCUUGAUGUUGUGGCUAAACAUCUGAACUUGAAGUUUUUUGAGGUACCAACAGGCUGGAAAUUCUUUGGUAACUUGAUGGAUGCUGGACUAUGUUCAGUUUGUGGUGAAGAGAGUUUUGGAACUGGGUCGGACCAUAUUCGAGAGAAGGAUGGAAUCUGGGCUGUGUUGGCUUGGUUGUCCAUUCUUGCUUUUAAAAACAAGGACAGCCUCAAUGGUGGGAAGCUUGUGACUGUUGAAGACAUUGUAAAGCAGCACUGGGCUACCUUCGGACGCCACUAUUAUACUCGCUAUGAUUACGAGAAUGUCGACGCAGGUGCUGCGAAGGAACUCAUGGCUCACUUGGUGAAGUUGCAGUCAUCUCUUGGUGAAGUUAACAAAACAAUAAAGGGAAUUCGAUCAGAUGUGGCAAAUGUUGCCAAUGCUGAUGAAUUUGAAUACAAAGAUCCUGUUGAUGGUUCAGUUUCUAAGAAUCAGGGAAUUCGCUAUUUAUUUGAAGACGGGUCACGUUUGGUCUUCCGUUUAUCUGGGACAGGGUCGGAAGGAGCCACAAUACGUCUUUACAUCGAGCAAUACGAGAAAGAUUCAUCCAAGACUGGAAGAGAUUCUCAGGAAGCACUUGGUCCUCUGGUGGAGGUUGCUCUAAAGCUGUCGAAGAUGCAAGAAUUCACUGGCCGUUCUGCCCCCACCGUCAUCACUUAAAUAUAUACAUGCUGCCUCUGUUGUUCACAACCUAUGUAUUUUUGGUGUUUCUAUAACACAAUAAGGUUAGGUUUUUUGGGGUUGUUUGUUAGUUUCACAGGCAUCUACUGUCUUGUUGAAUGCUGGAUGAGUUGCAAAGUUAUGUUGUCAUCAAUAAUUCAGUUGUAAUUUGAGAACCUUUUACCAACAAUAUACCAAAUUUACGGCCUUUAGUUUGA